CGGUGGCACCUUUACGCAGCUCUCAAGUAUCUGAAGUUAAAACUCCUGCGCGCCGUUAUCGCUGAGUAUGUUGAGCGUCUGCACGGCUAGAUCCUUUGGAGGCACCGUGUAGACAUCCAGCUGACUCCCAACACUUUGGGGAUUUUUACCGUUUCGAGUAAAAAAGUCGGGAGUAUUUGCCAUCACCCCCUUGGCAGAGUGACUGUUAUUUGGGGGUUGGAUCAAAUCUGUUGCCAAGAUGUUGUUCUAUAGACUUCUCCUGUGUUGUUCAGUAAGUGGUAUUGUUUUCGCGCAGCCCGACAGCUCUGGAUUAUUUUACGCACUGAGAUCUGAACUGUCAGAGGAUUCAAUCUUGGUGGCCAACAACGGAAUACGUGUGCCUUUCGGGAGAUCGGUGUUCAUCGAUCCCAUAAAUGAUUUAGUCAUUCAAACGCAGCCGGGGGAUCGAUGCAGCAUCACUGUCCUGGAAAAUGAUCCGCUCUCACAGAGACCGGGGCAUCUUGCUCCCAAAAAGUUUUUGUGUGAUUUUGGUCCCAACGAUGUGACAUACUCGCACUACGGGUCUAGGAGUCCAGCUAAAGACAGAGUGAGGCUGCAGCUCAGGUAUGACGCGCACACCGAAACCAUUAUUAUCCCGUUUAUGAUGGAGGUUGAAGUCGUUUUUACGCAGCUGGAGUUACUCACCAAAAAUCUGCCUCUCACUAUUGCUAAUCUUAAAGGGAUCAGUAAUCCUAUUGAUAAGAGGAUUUUAGACUUUACUUAUGAUAGAAACUCUCACAAAUGUGAGGUGGCAUCGCUGUCCAGCGCUUUGCCAAGAUAUGGAAGACUAAUUGAUGGGGGGAAACUUUCCGGGAUGAUGGACUGUGACGAAUUCACACAAGCUGGCAUUCGCUAUGAGCACACAUUUGACCGCAAGUCCCCCAACAGGGACUAUGUUCCCAUGCUUGUGGAGCUGCAUGACAAGGAAGGCAACCUAGUGAUACGAGAAUAUUUCCAAAUUAUGAUUCGCAUCAAAGAUGGAGAAGAAAACACUCCCCCCAAAACCAGCUUUGUGUCCAUGAUGAUGAUGGAGGUCAGCCAGUUUGUCAUGACUGCCCUCACCCCUGAUAUGCUUGCUGCUGAAGAUGCAGAGUCAGACCCAGAUGAUCUUAUUUUCAACAUCACCUCUCCCUUAUCUUAUGAGGAGGGCUACAUAGUCAGCACUGAUGACAGAAACCUCCCUAUCACAUCCUUUUAUCAGAGAGACUUGCGUGAUUUGAAGAUAGCUUACAAGCCCCCCUCCCUGGACUCAGACACUGAGAGGAUUUUCCAGCUUGAGUUUGAGGUGAUAGACACAGACGGUGGCAUCUCAGACCCUUCUGCUUUUAUGAUCAUCGUGAAGCCAAUGAACACUUUGGCCCCUGUUGUGACACUUAACACAGGUCAGCUGCUGUACGAGGGACAGUCUCGGCCUCUCUUCAGCACCCACAACUUGGAGAUCAGCGAUGAAGACAACCUUGAUGCUGUCAUCAUCACAGCUCUGGAUGGGCUGCGCCAUGGGGACCUCAUGGUGCUGGGCUCUCACAGGAAAUACUUCACACCUGCCGACCUUACAGCAGGGGUUGUUGUGUACCAGCAUGAUGGGAGUGACACAUACAGCGACAACAUUGUCUUCAAAAUGACAGAUGGGAAAAAUGAAGUAGAAUUUCUUUUUCCCAUUACAAUCGUUCCCACUGAUGAUGAGCCACCAAUUAUAAAUGCCAACACUGGCCUAGUGCUAUUCAAAAAUCAGAUGAUGCCUGUAACUCCUCUCAUGCUCAGUGCUGCUGAUAUUGACUCUGAGGACUCAACUAUUAAAUUCACAGUUGUACCUCCCUUUUCCACAAUUGGCACAAUGCUUCUAAGGCAGUCAGAUGCCCCCGAGGACCCGUCUUCUUGGAAGUUCAAUGCUGAGGAUGAAGUGUAUGAGAAGGAUGUGACAAAAUGGCUUCAGAAAGAUAUCACUGAUGGGAAAUUGUUUUAUAAACACACAGGCCGUCACAGCACAGAUGCCAUCAUGGAUCAGUUUGUGUUCACAGUUCAGGAUGACAGUGACCCCCCUAAUGAAUCAGGAGAGAGUGUAUUUCUAAUUCGAGUUUUACCUAUUGAUGACGUUCCCCCUAAACUGUUCCCCGGCACCACACUGCAAAUGACAGUUCAGGAGUACAAGCUUACUCAAUUUAGCAAAGAAGUUUUGCGCUACACUGAUUUGGACUCUGAAGACCGCGACCUCAAAUACACUGUUAUCCAGCCACCAGUAGAUACUGAUGAAAAUAACCCGGUUGCGUUUGGUUCUUUGGUCCUGACAGACAGCCCUGACACUGAAGUCACAGAGUUCACACAAGCUCAGAUUAACCAUCAUAAGAUCUCCUACCACCCCCCAGAUGUUGAGCUCGGAAUUACAGCCCACGUUGUGCAGUUUCGUUACACUGUUGAAGACACAGCUGGGAACAGUGUAGAAGGGGCUUUCACUCUCAAUCUGCAGCCUGUCAACAAUAAACCCCCUCAGAUUACAAACACUGGCUUUACUGUGUUUGAACACAGAAUGCACAUAAUCACCAUCGCUGAGCUGGAUGCCACAGAUCUCGACACAGACAUUAAACAGAUUAGCUUUACUCUAAGCCAACCUCCUAAACAUGGCCAGAUCCAAGCUGCAUUUACUGACCUAGAGAUAAAAGGCAUUUUCAGACUUGAGGAUGUCUCAGAGGGGAAAAUAUCAUAUAUUCAUAAUGGGGAGGAGACGGCGAGUGAUGAAUUUCAGCUGGAUGUCAGUGAUGGGAUCCAUGUUGUAGCCGUGACAGUCAAAGUUAAUGUAAAGCCUGUCGAUGAUGAACCUCCAACCGUCAGCCUGACUGCAGGAACAAUCGGCUUUCAUAUGGAUGUGUUGGAAAAUGGAGCCACAGAAAUCACAACUAAUAUCAUUCAAGGCCAUGACGAUGACACCGAUGACCUCCAGCUAACCUUUAUUGUGGAAGAUCCUCCAGUUAUGGGUGAAAUAUUGGUUAAAGGGGUGCCUGCAACUAGCUUUACACAGGCCGAUAUUAUUAAUGGUGUGGUUGUUUACACACACACCAGUGGUGAGAUAGGUCUCAUGUCUCAGCAGGAUGGCUUCAAUUUGACUCUCACAGACAUGUCCAAUGAUUGGACAGUAGAUGGCAAUAAGAUCACUGGAGUCCAUGUUCAAGUCACUAUCCUUCCUGUUGAUAGCCAGGCCCCAGAGGUCAAAGUUGGGAUUCAAUUUAGUGUUAUUGAAGGGGAGAAAUACACCAUCGGCCCUCAGCACUUGAAUGCUGAUGAUAAUGACACUCCAACGGAUGAUAUCCUUUGCACUAUUAUCAUCCAGCCCACUGCUGGCUAUGUGGAAAAUAUAUCACCUGCUCCAGGCUCAGAAAAGUCCAGGUCAGGAACAGCUGUCAGCGCUUUUACCAUCAGAGACAUCAGGGAGGGGAAUAUCUACUAUGUGCAGAGUAUUCACAAAGGAGCCGAGCCGGUAGAGGACCGAUUCACAUUUAGGUGCUCCGAUGGCAUCAAUUUGUCAGAUAAUCAUUUUUUCCCAGUAGUUAUCAUCCCAGCAAAUGAUGAAAAGCCAGAGAUUCAUCUGAGGGAGAUAGUUGUAAUGGAGGGGAUGAACACUGUCAUCGAUACUCCGAUUCUGAACGGGGCCGAUGCUGAUAUUCCAGCUGAGGAGCUGAUGUUCAUCAUUUGUAAACCUCCCAAACAUGGUGCCAUUUUAAACCAGCUCCCCACAGGCCCAGUUUUGGUGACUAAUUUCACUUUAGAGCAGAUCAGGGAAGCAUCAAGUAUUAUUUAUGAGCAUGAUGACUCAGAGACAACAGAGGACAGUUUUGAUGUCAUUCUGACGGAUGGAAAGUAUUCUGUGCAGAAAACAGCCACGGUUGUGAUCUUUGCUGUUGAUGAUGAGACUCCCAGAAUGCUAAUCAACGAUGGUCUAGAGGUGGAAAUCGGAGAGACCAAAGAGAUUAAAAACAAAGUGCUCAAAGCGACAGAUUUAGAUUCAGAUGACAGCACACUCACAUAUAUCAUCAGGCUCGGGCCUGGUCAGGGUCUCCUGCAGAGGAAAACCCCAUCUGGAUCUCUGGAGAACAUCACUCUAGGCAUGAAUUUUACACAAGCUGAAAUUGAUUCAGGGCUUAUAAUUUACACACACAGCGGACAGGAGGGCAUCCGAGAUUUGGUCAAAUUUGAUGUGACAGAUGGAAUGAACCCACUAAUUGAUCGCUACUUCUACAUCACCAUAGGCAGUAUUGACAUGGUUUUCCCUAAUGUGGUCAAUAAAGGUGUGUCUCUGAGAGAAGGGGGCAGAGUGACUUUGACCACAGACCUUCUCAGCACAAGUGACCUCAACAGCCCUGAUGAGAACUUGGUCUUUACCAUCACGAAGGCACCUGUCAGGGGCCACUUGGAGAGUACAGAUACUCCUGGGAUGCCCAUUGGGUCUUUUACCCAACUGCAGCUGGCUGGCAGUAAGAUUUACUACAUCCACACGUCAGAUGAUGAGGUGAAAAUGGACAGUUUUGAGUUUGAAGUCACUGAUGGCUACAAUCCUGUUUUCAGAACAUUCAGAAUCUCUAUUGUGGAUGUUGAUAAUAAGAAGCCUGUUGUGACUGUAAACACUUUAGUUGUCACAGAAGGGCAGAUGAAGCUGAUCACACCAUUUGAGCUCACUGCUGAGGACCAGGACACGGCGGAGAAGCUGCUGAAAUUCACCAUCAUCCAGCCGCCUGUUCAUGGUAAACUCCUCUACAACCAGUCCAUGCCUGUCACCAGCUUCACAAAACAUGACCUCAAUGAAAACCUCAUCAGCUACAAACACGAUGGUAUAGAGUCACGAGAGGACUCCUUCUCCUUUAAGGUCACCGAUGGCACGCACACCAGCUUUUAUGUUUUCCCCGACACUGUUUUUGAGACUUGGCGCCCCCAAACUAUGAAGAUCACUAUUGUGGCGAUUGACAAUGGUGUCCCACAGAUUGUGGUGAAUAAAGGUGCCCAUACUUUGAAGAGCUUGCCCACAGGUCGCCUGGGAUUCCCCAUCAGCUCCAAAGUGCUGAGGGCAGAGGACAGAGAUAGCAGCCCAGACUCGCUGGUGUUCCACAUCACCAUCCAGCCCAGACAUGGCUACAUCAUUAACAUGGGACAAGGAAACAACUCAAUCAGCACAUUUAGUCAAGCUGAUAUUGAUGAGCUGAACAUUUGCUAUGUGUUGCGGAAUGAGGAAAAUGCUACAUCUGAUCGCUUCCAUUUCUCCGUUGAGGAUAAAGGAGGGAACAAGCUAAACGGACAGCAGUUCCACCUGGACUGGGCCUGGAUCUCUCUGGAGAAGGACUACUAUGUGGUGGACGAGGAGGACAAGUUCUUGGAGGUGGUGCUCAGACGGAGAGGCUACCUGGGCGAGACAUCAUUCAUUGGCAUUGGUACCCAGGAUGGGAGUGCAAAGAAGGAGGAUGAUUUUAAAGGUAAGUCCAAGAGGCAAGUCCAGUUCAACCCAGGACAGACCAGAGUCACGUGGCGAGUUUGGAUCCUGACUGAUGGGAAGUAUGAGAAGGCGGAGACCUUUGAGAUUUUGCUAUUGGAUCCAGUAAUGGGAGUGAUGGAGUUUCCUAACAGAGCAACAGUGGAGAUACUGGAUCCCAGUGAUGAGUCGACUGUGUUCUUCCCUGAACAGAUCCACUCAGUGGAAGAAGAUGUUGGGGAGCUUUUCAUCCCAGUGCACCGCAGUGGAGACAUUAGCCAGGAGCUCAUGGUGGUCUGCUACACACAGCAGGGGUCAGCCACAGGGACGGUUCCCACCACUGUCCUGUCGUACUCAGACUAUAUCUCCCGUCCAGAGAAGCACGGCAGCAUCCUUCGCUUUGACAAGGGUGAGAGGGAGAAGCAGUGUCGCGUGAUGAUCAUUGAUGACUCUCUAUAUGAGGGAGAAGAAAGCUUCAAUGUCACUCUGUCAAUGCCUGUCGGGGGACGUCUGGGAAGCCACUAUCCCACCACCAAAGUCAACAUCUUAGAAGAUGUGGAUGAUGCUCCAGUGUUUUACUUUCAAGAGGUGGAGUAUCAUGUAGAUGAGAGUGAUGGAUAUGUAGAGGUCAAAGUGUGGAGGAUGGGAACUGAUCUGUCCAAGAUCAGCACUGUCACCGUUCGUUCUCGUAAGGCUGAGCCUGUCUCUGCAGAAGCCGGUAUUGACUAUGUGGGCAUCAGUCGUAACCUAGACUUUGCCCCGGGUGUCAGCGUGCAGACAUUCAGGGUUACCAUUCUGGAUGACCUGGGACAGCCAGAGGUGGAGGGGACUGAGAGCUUUGAGCUGGUCUUAUGUAUGCCAGUGAAUGGCAUCCUGGGAAAACCUGGGAAGGCUACAGUUUUAAUCAGUGACUCUGUGUCUGACUUACCAAAGGUCCAGUUCCAUGAGGCGGUGUACACUGGAGAGGAGAGUGAUGGUCAGAUCAUAGCGACAGUGUACCGCAGCGGCGACAUCAAACACAAGUCCACUGUGCGCUGUUAUACCCGUCAAGGCUCUGCACAGGUCGCCUCUGACUUUGAUGAAAGGCCUAACACAGAUGCAUCUGUAAUCGCUUUCUUGCCAGGUGAGGCAGAGAAGCCGUGUAUUCUGUCACUGGUUGAUGACACAUUGUACGAGGAGGGAGAAGAGCUGCGGUUGGUUUUAGGAAACCCGAAAAGCGACUUGCAGUUUGGCGCAUCAGUGGGAGCUCUGAACGAGACCCUGGUGAAAAUCAAAGACACAGCUGACAAACCCAUCAUUCGUUUUUUGAAAACCAAGUUCAGUGUUAGCGAACCGAAAGAGGCCGGCACCGUGGUAACAGUGAGGAUCCCUGUGGUUCGAAUGGGUGACACAUCAAAGGUAUCAGUGGUUCGCGUUCACACCAAGGAUGGGUCAGCUGUCUCUGGAGAGGACUAUUACCCUGUGUCUCAAGACAUUGAGUUUAAACACGGAGACAAAGAACAUGUGGUGGAGGUGGAGGUGCUAUUUGAUGGUGUCAGAGAAAUGAGGGAAGCCUUUACUCUCCAUCUGAAGCCUGAUGAAAACAUGGUGGCUGAAACCCAGAUAACUAAAGUAAUAGUUUACAUCGAGGAGAUUAACAACAUGGCUGAUGUCACCUUCCCCUCCCUGCCUCACGUUGUGUCACUGCUCCAUUACGACAAUGUCGCCAGGACACCGGACAACUUCCACCCACCAGCUGGCUACCCUGUCAUCUGUGUCACAGCUUGUAACACAAAAUACCCAGACUACGACAAGACAGGCUCUAUCUGUGUCAGCGAGCAUAUCAACAACACCUUGACCCGCUACCGCUGGCUCAUCAGUGCCCCAGCUGGCCCUGAUGGCGUCACCAGUCCCAUGAGGGAGGUGGACUUUGACACCUUCUUUACAUCCACCAAGAUGAUCACGUUGGACUCAAUCUACUUCCAAGCAGGUUCCAGGGUCCAGUGCGUUGCCAGGGCUGUCAAUUCUAAUGGGGAGGAAGGUUUAGAGCUUAGCAGCCCCAUUACCACGAUUAGCCAGGAAGAAGGUAUGUGUCAGCCACAUAAGAUGGGGACCGUUGGCGCCGAGCCUUUCUCUGCCAAGCUACGCUACACUGGAGCGGACGACCUGAAACAUCCCAACCUCAUCAAACUGACUGUCACCAUGCCUCACAUAGAUGGCAUGCUUCCAGUGAUCUCCACUCACCCUCUCACAAACUUUGACCUGACUCUCAGUCUUGAUGGAACCCGGGUCGGAAAUCACCGCUGCUCCAACUUGCUUGACUACAGUGAGGUCACCACAGACCACAGCUUCAUCAUCGCUUCGACGCACACCCCCGAGAGCAUGGGAGACACAGCACCCUAUCAGUUCAGUGGCUCCCUGCGCGGUAACAGCACACUGCACUUCUACAGAAACCUCAACCUGGAAGCCUGUCUCUGGGAGUUCACCAGCUACUACCACAUGUCUGAGCUGCUCACUGACUGCGGAGGCACCAUAGGGACUGACGGACAGGUGCUGAACCUGGUCCAGUCUUAUGUGACUCUGCGUGUGCCUCUCUAUGUGUCAUAUGUGUUCCACUCCCCUUUGGGAGCUGCUGGCUGGCAGCACUUUGACCUGCAGACUGAGUUGCGCCUCACUUUUGUGUACGACACAGCCAUUCUCUGGAAAGAUGGCAUUGGCAGCCCCCCGCUGUCCAAGCUACAGGGUGCAUUGUAUCCGACCAGUAUGCGUAUCAAUGACCAGGGACGUCUGGUGGUAAGCUUCCACACCAAGGCUCGUUUCAGGGGUCUGUUCGUGGAGUCUCAUUCUGAAAGAAGUACAACGAGAACUGAAACCUCCAUGUCAUCCAUGGUGAUGAGUGUGGACCACCCUGGCUUGACCUUUAACCUGUCCUUAGUGAAGAGUGAACCCACAUACAACCAGCCAGUCCAGCAGUGGACAUUCACCUCUGACUUUGGUGUGAGAGACUACUCUGGGACCUACACAGUGAAGCUGAUCCCCUGUACAAUAGCCCAUAAUAUGGAGUACACUAUUCCACCUGUUUGUAGUCCCAGAGAACCAGUCACCUUUGACCUAGACAUCAGAUUUCAGCAAGUGAGUGACCCAGUUGCAGUGGAAUUCAGUCUGAACACUCAGAUGUUCUUGCUGUCCAAGAAGAGCCUGUGGCUCUCUGAUGGCUCCAUGGGUUUUGGUCAGGAGAGUGACAUGGCUUUUUCUGAGGGUGAUACAAUCUAUGGCCGUGUGAUGGUGGACCCUGUGCAGAACCUGGGAGACUCUUUCUUCUGUAACAUAGAGAAGGUGUUCCUUUGCACUGGCGCUGAUGGAUAUGUACCGAAGUACAAUCCGACCAAGUUUGAAUUUGGCUGCCUGGCUGACUCUCCAUCAUUGCUUUACAGAUUCAAAAUUCUUGACAAGGCUCAGCCAGAGACUCAGGCACGUGUGUUUGGUGAUGUCAGUUUCAAUGCUUUGCUGGCAGUAGAUGAUCCAUCAGCCAUGUCCCUUGUCAGACAGCCAGGGUCCGAUGGCUUUAGACUAGACUCUGCAGCCAUGUUCCAGGUUGCUGCAGGCCGUGAGUGGUACAUUCACAUCAUUUACACAGUCCGUUCCAGAAAGAAUGCUGACAAAGGCAUUGGAAAGCGCAGCCUGGAGCACCACUACUUGGUUUCCACAGGCAGUGAUCUCAGCUUGACCCAGUCAAGUGGCAAGGGUCAUCGCCCCAGGAGGUCAACCGACAAUGAAGUCCCAGAGAUUGCUGAGGAUAUCAGAGCAGAAAAUAACCGUGGUACCAAUAUCAUGCACAUUGUUUUGGACCGUACUAAGCGGCAGUCUGGGGGGUCAAAGGAGUUGUUUGUCAGUGGGUUGGAACCAAGUGAGCUAAAUGCAAAGGAGGAAGAGGUGGGACUAGUGACUGUGGUGGGGGCACUGGUGGGACUGCUUCUGACUGUCCUCAUUAUUGUCAUCAUCAUACUGGUGCUGAGAUUCAGACAGAAGGAUGUUAAUGAGAGGUGGAGAGGUGGGGUGCAGCAGGUGAUGAAAGGGUCUGUCAGUACAGAACCCAUGCUGGUGGUGAGGAUGCAAGGCUGCCACAACAGCUCCGAGGUCUGAGCAAUGCAUGUGUAGCUGGACAGAUGGACAAAGAAAUGAAAAGUAUGUGGGGGGGCUUUUAUAGAAUUUUGGAUUAUCUUUUUUUCCACUUGUAACUGGUAAUAAAUUUCUUUUAUAACAGCAAAAAUCUGAAAUGUGAUAUUGGGUUAUGUGCCUGUUAGUGGGGAGAUGUCCACAGUAUUGGAUCCAUUACAUAUCUUGAUCACUGCAAAAGAAACAGCGCAAUGGUCCUAUACACUGUCUUCACUUAACAUUCCAACUUGUGCUGCUAGUAGCAUGGUUAUUUCCUUUCUCUGUCUUAUGGUGUCAAAGUGCCUGAAGCAGCUAUAUUCCUUCAGGAUAGUACCAGUCACCAAGAGCGCUUUUCUAAUAAAGCUAGUGUCACACAGGCCAAGUCGGAGAUUUAGUGCUGCAGGUGCUCCUUGGGGAAAUGGGACUAGAUGAUGUCAGUGUUCGUACUGAAAGGAGUAGUUCGCCUCAAAAUAAACACUCCGAUGUUAUCAGCCUGCCUUUGUGUCAGACGAAACCUCACUGAUGUUUAUGAACCUCUAAAGAUAAUUCAGAUUUCAGCACACUGUGUAGUAUAUUCCCAGUGUUUAGUACAGUAUCUUAACAAUGGCAUCAUGAAUGCAAAAGUCUAGUAUUUACGCUAUAAUCUUGCUUACUGUACUCAAAGUUGUUCUAAAGAGGGUGGUCAGAUGAUACUAUCAUUUAGGAAAAUACUGGGGCUUGGAAGGUCAACAUUGGACUUAAUAUAAAUAUUGAACCUGUAGUGUUUGGCUACAAAACAUUUAAGACUAUGCUGCAUGAGUAGAUUAAUAUUCAUUCUGGGCUGAACGGUGCCUUGAGGCCUAUAGUUUUGUCCUGAAAAAUAUGCUGAAUAUGGGUUACACAGUGUGUAAUGAAAAACAUAAACAAAAAUGCGACUUGUUUCUUACCUGUAAACUAAACCUGUGUAGCUCUCUUAUCAGACUACUGGAGAUAAAAUAAAUAAAUAACACUACUACUGGAAUUUAGAUUUAUUAAAUGGCUAAUCAUGUUGUUCAUUAACUGUGUUUGCUCUUCUUUAUUUUGUUUACCGUGUGACGAGGAAUGUUUUCCUGGAUGUACCGAACAUUUCUGUUGUUGCUGAGUUAGAUUGUUCACACAGUUUUAUUUUCUAAUAUUGUGUAUAUUUUGUAAACUCUGUUACAUACUCCGUCAUGUGUUUACAGCUCAUCACUGCUAUUGUUACCACAGUAUUUACUGCUAUUCAUUCUCUCAGUGAUGUUGCGUCCCUGUGUGUUUCUGUGAUAUUGCCAUAUUUAUUCAAAAUACUUUGGGCAUAAUGUUUCACAGCUUUUUAAAAUAACACAAGACACUCAUCUCAGGAGUUAUUUCUUUUACAGAGAAUGAAAUGUGUGUUGUAACACAAUUUACUACUGUUAAGUGAAGAAAAUCUCUACAGAGUCACUUUCCACUUUUGUGUCACACUGCUAAUAAGUGUGGUGCUGUGAACAUGCAAAUACUGUAUCCAUAUCCAAUGAUUUGACCCCUGUUCUUCCCACGUUAUGUUCCUGUGGGCUUUAUUUGUCACUAGUGAUGUGUGGGAUUUCAGUGUUCUGACUCAUGUUUUUGAACAAAGGACACAAGCGAAAUUGCUGCUUCCAGAUUAGUGUGUUAUCAUGAAAAAUAUUAAGUUACAGACAUUUGAUACAAUCCGCUUUUUUUAUGUCACAAGUGAAAUUUCUUUACAUGUACUGGUAAACCUGUCUUACUCUGCUAUAGGUAUACAAGAUAGUGAGAUUGUUGUUCUUAAAUAUUUGUCUUAUUACAAUGUUGUCAUCAUUGUGUAAUUUUUUUCCAGCAUUUAUCAGGGUUAGCUGAUGCGAUGAACAUUAGCCCCGAAAUCAGCUGAGGUAUGAAUCAGUGAAAGGAACCUGAGGGUUUAGACAACUAAUAGUUGUGUGGAAACCCAGCUGUGCUUUAUUAUUAGUUUUAUUAUUUGGCCCUGAUGAAUGUGGAAAUAACACCAUAUCUGGCAUCAAAUGCACUUUUUAGGUCACAUCCCUCACAUGCCAGUCAAAGCUAUGCAAUGUAACGUAUACCCCACAGACAGUUAUCCCCAUGUAUAUAUGACAGUUUUAGCAGAAACAAUCAAACGUGAUAUUCACUUUGUGUCUUUUUAUGA